AUGUUGGCCAGUUCCAAUAGGAGAGAGGCCUCUUCCGUUGGGGGACCGACGCUCGCGGCUCAGACCUUGUGCAGGCCACCCCUCAUUGGGCACGCCGGUCUGGACCGAUGGCGCUCGGUGUGGAGCGAGAAGGAGCAGAGGCAGAACGAGCGGCACCUGUCGACCAUCAAUGCGCUCGAGGUGGAGCGGGCACAGCAGGCGGCCGACCGCGAGGAGGAGGUCCGAUCGCUCAAAGAACAGCACAGCGCCACGGCAGAGGCGCUCCAGGCGACCGCCCGCAAGCUCGAGCAGGCGCUGCAGGAGGCGAGGGAGGCCCACGAGGCGGCGUUGCGACAGCAGCAGGGCCAGCACGACGCCGCCUUUGCGGUGCUCGAGAAGGAGCGGGAGAAGGAGAGGGCCGAGCUGGAGGAGCAGAUGGAGCGGCUCCGGGAGCAGCACGCCGCGUCUGUCGACCUCUCGGCGGCCAAGCUCCGGCAGGCGGAGGAGGACGCCGUGGCGCGGCUGCGGCAAGCGGAGGAAGAGGCGCAUACCGCUCAGGCAGAGGCGAUGGCGGAGACGGAGGCGCGGCUGCGGCUCGUGCACCAGGCGGAGCUCGCAAAGACGGUGGCGAGCGCACAGCUCGAAGUGGCCACGCGGGCUGGCGCUGAGGUGGAGCAGGCGGUCGAGGUGGCGGUCAACGUGACGCGCGAGGAGCUAACGAAGGAGGCCAAUGCCAAGCAGGAGGAGCUCAUCGCUAAGCACAAGGCGCAGCUCUCGAAGCUCAUCGCCGGUAUCUCUGACUCGGACGCGGCCCACGCGGCGCGCCACAAGGCGCUCGAGGACAGGCUGAGGCAGGCAAACGCGGCGCUGGCGAUGGGGCUCGACGGACUGACCGGGCAAACGCCUGCGCACAUGGGCUUGGUGUCUUAG